AUGGCUCAAGAUAAGGCAGCCGGGCUUUCGGCUGAAAUCCCAACAGAUGGAACAGGAAUCACCAAGCUUGACCCCUAUCUGGAGCCCUUCAGCGAAGCUCUGAGGCGCCGCUACACUAAGGCUCAACAAUGGAUCAGCACGAUCAACGAAAAGGAGGGCGGUAUUGAUAAAUUCAGUUCUGGAUUCGACAAAUUUGGAUUCAAUGUAGAUGACAGUGGUGUCAUCAGAUAUCGUGAAUGGGCACCCAACGCCAAAAAAGCCUUCCUCAUUGGUGAAUUCAAUGAUUGGAAUCAACAGUCUCACCCUAUGACGGCGGAUGAAUUCGGCUCGUUUGAGAUUGAACUCGCUCCCGUCAACGGCCAGCCUGUCAUCCCUCACAAUUCAAAGAUCAAAAUAUCCCUCGAACUGGCAUCGGGAGAACGCUUGGAUCGAAUUCCUGCUUGGAUCAAGUACGUCACACAAGAUCUCGAUGUGUCGCCUGCCUAUGACGCACGCUUUUGGAACCCACCUGCAGCCGAGAAGUAUACCUUCAAACACCCACGGCCAGCUAAGCCCGAAAGUGUCAGAGUCUACGAAGCUCACGUGGGAAUAUCGAGUCCCGAGCAGCGAGUUGCAACCUACAAGGAAUUUACUGUCAAUAUGCUACCCCGUAUCAAAGAUCUCGGAUACAACGUCAUCCAGCUCAUGGCAAUCAUGGAACAUGCCUAUUAUGCAAGUUUUGGCUAUCAGAUCAACAGCUUUUUCGCAGCGAGCAGCAGAUACGGCACGCCAGAGGAUCUGAAGGAGCUUAUUGAUACUGCCCAUGGGCUUGGUAUUGUUGUAUUGCUGGAUGUAGUCCACAGCCAUGCGUCUAAAAAUGUUCUGGACGGUCUUAAUGAGUUUGAUGGCACCGAUCACCAAUAUUUCCACGGUGGUGGCAAGGGCCGUCACGACCAGUGGGACAGUCGUUUGUUCAACUAUGGUCAUCAUGAGGUCAUGCGCUUUCUCCUUAGUAAUCUCCGAUUCUGGAUGGACGAGUAUCACUUCGACGGUUUCCGUUUUGAUGGCGUUACUAGCAUGCUCUAUGUGCAUCACGGUAUCGGCGCCGGCUUCUCAGGAGGAUAUCACGAAUAUUUUGGUGAUGACGUUGACGAAGAAGCUGUCGUUUACCUGAUGAUUGCGAACGAUAUGCUUCAUUCCCUUUAUCCUGGAUGUAUCACCAUCGCUGAGGAUGUGUCGGGUAUGCCUGGUUUAGGAACCGCAGUCAAGCUGGGUGGUGUUGGUUUUGACUAUCGUCUUUCCAUGGCCAUCCCGGAUAUGUGGAUCAAAAUCCUCAAAGAAGUCAAAGAUGAGGAUUGGGAUAUUGGAAACAUUUGCUUCACACUCACAAACCGACGACACUUGGAACGUAGCAUCGCGUACUGCGAGAGCCAUGAUCAAGCUCUUGUCGGAGAUAAGACCUUGAUGAUGCACCUGUGUGAUGCUGAAAUGUAUACGAACAUGUCGGUUUUAUCACCCCUCACUCCUGUCAUUGAACGUGGUAUUGCUUUGCACAAAAUGAUCAGGCUGGUCACUCAUACUCUUGGUGGCGAAGGUUAUCUUAACUUUGAAGGAAAUGAAUUCGGUCACCCCGAGUGGUUGGACUUCCCUCGUGAAGGCAACAAUAACUCCUUCUGGUAUGCCCGUCGCCAGUUAAACUUGACUGAGGACCACCUAUUGCGCUACCGCUUUCUCAACGAGUUUGAUAAGGCUAUGAAUCAGACAGAGGACAGAUACGGCUGGCUUCACGCCCCACAGGCGUAUAUCUCUCUAAAGCAUGAAGGGGAUAAGGUGAUCGUCUUCGAAAGAGGUGGUCUCCUUUUUGUCUUCAACUUCCAUCAUACAGAGAGCUUCAGUGAUUAUCGUAUUGGAGUUGACACCGCCGGAACUUAUCGAGUCAUUCUCUCCACUGACGACACAGAAUUUGGCGGCUUUAACAGAAUUGACAAGAACACAAGGUUCUUCACGACACCUAUGGAAUGGAAUGGUCGCAGCAACUGGACUCAUGUAUACGUUCCUAGUCGCACUGCCAUGAUACUCGCGUUGGAGGACUCUCACUUGCAAGCCUAA